GGUCACAGCAGAGAAUCUGCAAGUAAAAAGAUGAGUCAAAUAGGAAACAUAGAGCCCUACGUAAUGGGAGAAAGUUUCAAAGAGUAUAUUCAUCGGCUGGAGAUGUAUUUCACCGUCAAUGAUAUUGCGGUAGAAAAAAAAGUGCCAGUGUUGAUCACAAUGGCUGGUGCGUCGUUGUAUUCGGUAGCAAUAAAGUUGUGUGCACCGGAUGAUCCACGAGAUAAAACGUAUGCAGAUUUAGUGAAGGUGUUGGAGAAGCAUUUCAAGCCCAACGUGAACGUUGUGUCCGAGCGUUAUCUACUCAGAAAGUGUAAGCAGACAGCGGAACAGUCGAUUGCUGAUUACAUCAUUGAGCUGAAGGCAGCGGCACAGACGUGUGAUUUCGGCAGUUUCUUAUCAGACGCUCUAAGAGAUCAAUUUGUGGCUGGCGUGUACGAUCUGGAGCUUCGCAAACGGCUGCUGAAGAAGGAAGAUUUAAAAUUCGUGCGAGCAUGUGAAAUCGCUCGAUCUUGGGAAGCAGCGCAGGAACACCAAUAA